CAAAACCGUGUUUCCUUCAGCUCGUGUCGGGCGAUAUGGCGUCUUCUUGAAGCGUUGCUGAACCGUAAAUGUUUUGUUGACAAGUGAGAAAGAUGGCAGCUGACUCCUCAGACAAGAAGGAUGCAGAAUCCUCAGGGACCAAAGACAGGGAGAGGAAACGCAGCCGUUCACGAGACAGAGAUCGUAAGGUCUCACCUUCCCGCAAACGCCAUCGGUCUCGUGAAAGAAACCGCUCCAAAUCUGCAGAAAGAGACCGUCGUAUGAAAGACAAGGAUAGAGACAAGGACCGUGACAGAGAUAAGGACAGAGAGCGGAGCCGUAAGGACAGAGAUGGCCAUCGCCGUGAUCGCAGCAAGAGGUCCAGGAGUCCCUCACCAAAGUCUAAGGAUUCCAGAAUAAAGAGAGAGAAGGAUAUAAAGACAGAGGAGGACGAAGAUGAAAAAAAGAAGAAAGAGAAGGUCCAGCCCCUAUCUUUAGAAGAGCUUCUGGCCAAAAAAAAGGCAGAAGAGGAAGCAGAGGCAAAGCCCAAGUUCCUGUCCAAAGCAGAGCGAGAAGCUGAGGCUCUGAAACGAAGGGCGCAACAGACAGAGGAGAAGAAGAGGUUGUUCGAAGAGGAAAGGAAGAAAAGAAGGAUGUUCCAGGACAUCGGGAGAAAAAUGCUGGAGGACCCCCAGGAAAGGGAGAGACGAGAGCGGAGAGAGCGAAUGGAGCGAGAGAACAAUGGGAAUGAAGACGAUGAUGGACGACAAAAACUCAGAGAGGAGAAAGAUAAAAGCAAAGAGCUCCACGCCAUCAAGGAGCGUUACCUGGGUGGGCUAAAGAAACGCCGGAGAACUCGUCACUUGAAUGACAGGAAGUUUGUGUUUGAGUGGGAUGCUUCUGAAGACACAUCAGUCGACUACAACCCAAUUUACAAAGAAAAGCAUCAGGUGCAGCUGUAUGGACGAGGCUUCAUCGCUGGCAUCGACUUAAAGCAGCAAAAGAGAGAGCAGUCACGUUUCUAUGGUGACCUGAUGGAGAAAAGGCGCACGCUGGAAGAGAAGGAGCAGGAAGAGACAAGACUGAAGAAGAUGCGUAAAAAAGAGGCCAAGCAGCGCUGGGACGACAGACACUGGUCCCAGAAGAAACUGGACGAGAUGACGGACAGAGAUUGGCGAAUCUUCAGAGAGGACUACAGCAUCACCACCAAGGGAGGAAAGAUCCCGAACCCCAUCAGGAACUGGAAGGAGUACCCGCUGCCUGCUCACAUCCUGGAGGUCAUCGACAAAUGUGGCUACAAGGAUCCAACACCUAUUCAGAGGCAGGCCAUUCCUAUUGGCUUACAGAACCGUGACAUCAUUGGUGUGGCUGAGACAGGUAGUGGUAAAACAGCUGCUUUCCUGAUUCCACUGCUUGUCUGGAUUACCACCCUGCCAAAAAUUGACAGGAUUGAAGACUCAGACCAGGGUCCUUAUGCUGUGAUCCUGGCCCCAACUCGUGAGUUGGCGCAGCAGAUUGAAGAGGAGACCAUUAAGUUCGGUAAACCGCUCGGCAUCCGGACAGUGGCUGUGAUUGGAGGAAUAUCCAGAGAGGACCAGGGCUUCCGUCUCAGGAUGGGCUGUGAGAUUGUGAUCGCCACCCCUGGCCGUCUGAUCGACGUGCUGGAGAACCGCUACCUGGUCCUGGGCCGCUGCACCUAUGUGGUCCUCGACGAGGCUGAUCGUAUGAUUGACAUGGGCUUCGAGCCCGAUGUCCAGAAGAUUCUGGAGUACAUCCCAGUGACCAAUCAGAAACCAGACACAGACGAAGCAGAGGACCCUGAGAAAAUGAUGAUGAAUUUUGAAUCGGGAAAACAUAAAUACAGACAAACGGUCAUGUUCACAGCUACUAUGCCUCCAGCUGUGGAGAGACUGGCCAGGAGCUACUUGAGACGUCCUGCUGUGGUGUACAUCGGGUCUGCCGGCAAACCUCACGAGAGAGUCGAACAGAAGGUGCUGCUUAUGUCAGAGGGAGAGAAGAGGAAGAAGCUGCUGGAGGUGUUGGCGCAUGGCUUCGAGCCUCCCAUCAUCAUCUUUGUCAACCAGAAGAAGGGGUGCGAUGUGCUGGCCAAGUCUCUGGAGAAGAUGGGGUACAAUGCCUGCACGCUGCACGGUGGCAAAGGCCAGGAGCAGAGAGAGUUUGCGCUUUCCAAUCUCAAGGCGGGAGCCAAAGAUAUUCUGGUGGCCACAGACGUUGCUGGUCGAGGUAUUGAUAUCCAGGACGUCUCCAUGGUCAUUAACUACGACAUGGCUAAGAACAUUGAAGACUACAUCCAUCGUAUCGGUCGUACGGGUCGUGCUGGUAAGAGCGGUGUGGCCAUGACUUUCCUCACCAAAGAGGACUCGGCGGUGUUCUACGACCUGAAGCAGGCCAUCCUCGAGAGCCCAGUCUCCACCUGCCCUCCAGAGCUGGCCAACCACCCGGACGCUCAGCACAAACCUGGAACCAUCCUGACCAAGAAGAGACGCGAGGAGACCAUCUUCGCCUGAUCCACUCUGGCUGUUUCAGACUGUUUUGCCAUGUUGUAUGUGUACACAAUAUGCGUUUCUCCAAGUUAAUCAUGCUCACGUCUUUAGUUGUUUCUCACCUUGCCACCCAUUCUGUCAGUCUGUUUUUGUCUUUUAGUCCAGUCUGCGGGUAGAAACGGACACAUUAACUGGUGCAGAAAUCAUCGCAGCACUGGUUUUGAGGUGGUAAGGCUCAAAUGUGCAGUUCUUAUCGAUGUCUGUGAAUUUGAGUAGGUUCACACAGUUCAAAGAUGUGUAAAUGUGGACUCAGGAGGAGACAUGUGUUAUGCUUCUGGGAACAAGAGCCCAGGUCCAGGAUCACUUAGCAGCACACUGAUGAUCUGCACUGUAAAGAUGUUCCCCUUCAAUAAUCAUCAAAUGUGAUAAAUACCAGCCAGGAUGCGAGUGUAGAUUAGUAGUAAGGGCUAUGUUGUGCAUUUUUAUUAACCAUUACCAUUCACCAUAAUCUGAGUUCCCUAACUGUUUAAGAGACCAAUGCCGGAAGUAACGGCUACUAUUUUCUCUAUAAAUGCAUCAGCUGUUUAAAUUUCAGUUCGUUGUUUUAAAUAUAAACAUUUGUAUGAGGUGAAUACAGUGAAUUUGUGUGACAUCUGUCUCAUUACUGUCAAUGUUUUAUGCUAAACACUUACCAUCUGUAUGGCCACAUUGUUAGCGAUGUGUCUAGCAUAAGUCGUUUUCGGCAGUAGUGUCGAAAUCUUUAAACCUGUACAGAAGAAAGCAUCUCCAGGCACUCACAUGUAGAGAAGCAGUAGUUUUUGGUUAGUAUUGGUUACAUAUGGCAACCAAACCGGUUGCUUUUUGAUUUGUUUUAUGAACAAGCCAAUAAGCUUGUUCAUAAAACCAUAAUAAUGGCUUUUUAAAAAAAAAAAAUCAAGACUCCAUGUUACUCCUGCAGCUUUGUGUGCGUGUGUGUCUGAAGUUUGCUCUUUUGGACAUGCUAACCAUUGUGGUGCUAAAUGUACAAAUAACCAAUCGGAUGAUCUAAUUUUCAUAGACAACUGCUGGCAACAACUUACCUUUUUGUUUAAAGGCCCUAAAAAUACAUUUGCUAGUCAACUUCUUACAAUCAGCGUCUGCAUAAAGACCGAAUGUUCUGCCAAACUUUGAACGGUUUUGGUUAUUUCAGGCGAGAGAUGUCUGUUUUUCUAUUUGUUCUUUCCUUUCUCACCUAUCUUAAGUAGGCGGGACUCAAAUGUGAUCUUGCACCAAUCGGAGUUUAGCAACAUUUAAAUCCAAUUGUGAUGACAGUUGUGUUUCAGUCAAAUCUGAUCAAACCACAGAUGCACAAUCCUGAAGAAGCACAUUAGAAGGGUUCUUGAGUGGAAAACUAUAGAACUGAUACAAAGGGGGCUUUACAUUACCAGUAUGCCCUGAAACCCCUGUGUGUGGCCAUGUAUGAUGCCAUGUGCUCACACACAUGGAAAACAUUAUACAUGAUGUAAUCAGAGUACAAUUCUGAUACAGACAAUAUUAAAGGAGAGGUUCACAGUUUUUCC